AGGUAUUAAACAUGUAUUAAAUAUGUUGGGCAUUGUCAUGGUACACUGACAUCUGCAUCGUAUGGAUUCCGACUCUGAUUCAAUUGAGGAUUCUCGUCCGCCUCCUGAAUGCAGAAAGAGCACUGGAAAAUCUUCUUUUGACGAGGAUUGGUUCAUCAGACGUAGACAAUCUUAUAAUUCAUUUAAAACGACAGUAUCCAGGGAGACGUAUGUGGCGUCAUCUAGUCCUCUGCCGCGUGACGAGGAAAAUUAUGCACCUGGACCAAGUAGCAGAUCUUAUGAGAAAAUGAAAGCGGAGAAGCUCUCAUCUACUGAAGAUUGUUCGAAAGACAAAAGUCUCAUGGUCAGUUCAUUGUCAUAUUCAUCCUUUUCUACAUCUUCAAAACUGUCAGACAACAGUUUCUCCAGUGGAUCAUCAAAUACUGUGUUCACUUGUCGCGCCAGAUCAAAUAACAACCAGAAUGGAUGGUGCUCUGGAGUAGUGAAGGGUCAGCCUUUGGACGAUGCUAUAUAUGUCAAGCCGGCUAUAAAACUUUCACAAAAAUUCAUUGCCAACAAAGACGUUUAUGUAAGAAAAGACCGGAUUUCAGGUUGUAGCAGUCUUCUGUCAGUGAAGGAUGGAGACAAGAUUGAGUUUUUGCUCUCUAUAAAACCAAUGAGUUGUGAAAAACCCCAAAAAGGGAUCAAACCUUCUGCAUAUAAAGCAAAUAUGCUGUCUUUUUGUGCCAAAAGAAGUUUUGAUGAGUUAAAGUUAUUUUUCACCCUAGCAAAAGAUAAAGUCACUGAAACAUCCACCAGAACUGAAGCGGUGAAUUCAAUCAUGAUGUGUGAUGCCAUUUGGUUUUAUAUCUUCAAUGCUAAAUGUGAUGACGCAGUAAUUUAUGAAAUGUUUGUGUCUGAAGUUUUGGAUUUAUUUUUCCUUCUAGCAAAUUACAUGGAGAGUUUUCCAUCAAGGAGAAGAGAGAUAAUUGGACACAUUGUUGAGAAAGACUUCAUUGUGAACCUGAAGAAUGGCCAAGAAAAGGUAUCAAAGGGACUCAGAUUUGCCAAGCUUGCAGUUACUUUAGAACCAGCUGUCCUGAAGAAUGUUAUGCCCUUAUUGAGCAGUUUGGUCAAGAUUGGUGAUCCUGAUCUUGCUAGUGGGCUUUAUGAGAUGCUGUUGAAGGUUGGCAAUGUUAGUGACCUUAGUAAUUGGCAUGAUCUUACUCAGAUUCCAACUAUUGAAGAACUAUUUGGAGACCCUCUUGAAAAAGUAUCAUAUUUGAGACCUGUGUUAUUGUCCUCCGGAUAUGAAAACAGUGAUGAUUACUUGAAUGUAUACUACAGACUGUUAAGAGCAGAGUGCUUUUCUGCUAUACAAAAAGGUAUAGCAGAUUUUAAAAGUGGUAAGCUUGAUGCAAGAGACAUGAACAUCUAUGAUAAAGUGUCUGUGAGAGACAUUGAUAUGGAGUACUCUUCUGUCCUGAUAUCACUCCAGUUUUCUCUUGAAAAACCAGUACAUAAUUGGAAAAAGUCAAGGAAGCUAAUGUUUGGUAAUCUUUUAUGCAUCACCAUCAAGGGAGACUUCUCAGAUCCUAUUUGGCUUACAGUAGCAGACAGAGAUGAAACUAUACUUCAAAAAUACAAUGUGAUAGGAGCACAACUUAUUUCAUUUGAUGGUUCUGAUACUGAUGCAGCCAAUAAAAUAAGAAACCUGAUGUUGCAUUCUGGUAAAAUGAUAAUGGCAGAAAGUCCUACUUAUUUCCAAUCAUUUAAGCAUGUUUUGACAAGUCUUAAAAACUCUGAAAUAAGUAAAUUUUGUAUUGUUGACGAGAUAGUUCAUGGCAGUUAUUACAAAUCUUUAAAUUUCCACUCUCUGAUUAAUCCGUACUUGAGCAAUGUAGGUUACGAAGAGCUGGAAGAAAACCAAAAGAAGGCUUUUUUACAUGCAUUACAGAGCACAUUAGGGAUAAUACAAGGCCCUCCAGGAACUGGAAAAACACUUGUUGGUGCAAAACUUGCACAAAUGUUCCUUUGUUUACGAGAUGGUGGAAAAUUAAAUAAUCUCUUAGAAGUUAAUAGUCGUUAUGCUGGCUCUUCUGUUGAUUCUUCUAUUGAUUAUUCUACUGAUUCUUCUACUGAUUCUUCUACUGAAUAUGAUGAGCUUAAAAGAUCAGAAUUGUUAGAAGAGAACCCACCCAUUUUGAUACUGACAUACAAAAAUCAUGCUCUGGAUGAAUUCUUGAAACACUGCACUGAAUUCUGUAACAAAGAAUAUAUUACCCGGAUUGGAAGUCAAUCAAAAGAAGACAUACUUAAAGAUUGCUUACUCCACAAUAAGAUGAAAAGCUGGAAAAUGAGAAGAGUGCCAACAGGUUCUGUGAUUUCAGAGAUCAAGGAUUUAUUUUUUGAACUUUCUUCUUUAUUGUCUGAGCUAGAAAUAACGAAAGUCUUCACAAUUGAAAGUUUUAUUAGCCGUUUGAAUCUCGAACAACUCAAAGAUUUUAUAGACAAUGCUAUAAAGACUCCCUGGGAAUAUCCCCCUCAAUCAGUGAAUGUGAAUGCAAAAGCAACACAGGCAAUGCUGUCAUAUUUUACCGAUUGGAAGGAAGAAGAUGACUUCAAAGAGAUUAUUUUGCAAUUAGUUUCUCAACCAUUUUUAUACUCCAAUCAAACUCUGGACAUGGAGGAAAGGACAGAAAUAAUUAUUGCUCAAAAAGUUAAGGAUGCUUACGAAAAUCACUGGCUACCCAAUAAGCAACUGUUAAAAUCUUUGACUCAACUCCAGCAAAGUGGUGCUGCAUUUUUUAAUACAUGCCAGAUCGAUAGCAGCGAAGAUGAGGACGACUUUGAUGACCUUGAAGAUGAUACUUUUGGGGAAGAUGAUCUUGACGAAGAUUACAUUAAUGAGCAGUUAAUUAUGAGAUUUUCUGGUUUUGAUGAAGAUGAAACUAGAUAUUUUAGAUCUACUAAGGAUAUCAAGUCAGCCAAGAUGACUAAAUUAGAAGCACGAAUUAGGAGCAAGAGAAAUAUGGCUCAAGAUAUAAACAACACAAGCAUAUUUUGCUUAUCAGACUUUCCACCAAGUUGUGCUGUAAGCCAAGCCAUUCUUAAAAAGAAUAAUCUAUGGACUCUUUCAGCCAUUGACAAAUAUAAAUUUAUGUAUAGUUUUUUGCAGUCUGGCUGCAAUGAGCUGAUGGAUAAGAUGAAUGAUUUGUUAGAAGAGAUCAAUAUAUUGCAAAAACAAAAAGAAAUGAUUGACCACAAAAAUAAAUUGCAAGUUCUGAAGACUCAAAAAAUUGUUGGAGCAACAAUCAUUGGAGCUUCUAUCCAAUUAUCAAUGAUUAAAAAGUUGGCACCGAAAGUUAUCCUCGUAGAAGAAGCUGCAGAGGUUUUAGAGUCAUGUUUAGUUGCUGUUUUGAGCAAAAGCGUCCAAAAGCUAGUUCUCAUUGGUGACCAUAAGCAAUUGAAGCCAAAGGUUGAUACAUACCAUCUUAGGAGGGAAUAUAACUUUCACAUUUCUAUGAUGGAGAGGCUGAUAAAAAUAGGAUAUCCGUACGAAAAGUUACUGAGACAGGGACGUAUGAGACCAGAGUUCUCUUGUAUGCUGAAAGACAUUUACCCAGAAUACCAGGAUUUCCCAGGGCUAGAGGCAGAAAGAAAGAUUAUAACGUGCUUACCUCAUUCCAUGUUUUUCUGGUCGCAUCAGUUUCCUGAAAACAAAGAUCGUUCAGUUAAAAACUUGGGCGAAGCCAACAUGGUUGUAGCACUGGCUUUAUUCUUCGUUGCCAGUGGCGUGAAGGAGGCUGAUUUGACCAUACUUUGUGCUUACAUGGGACAAGUUCAACUUGUAAGGAAGCUUUAUCGUGAGAUGACCCUUUUGGAGCCACCCCGAGAUAUAACAAAGCAAACCACGGAAAAACAACUCAUCGACAUACGAACAAUUGAUGAGUAUCAAGGUGAUGAAAAUAAUUUUGUGAUUGUUUCAUUGACUAGAUCGAACCUCCAUGGGAAGAUCGGGUUCCUCGAAGAAAUCGAGCGGCGUUGUGUAGCACAAUCUAGAGCAAAGUGUGGAUUGUAUUUCGUAGGAAAUGGUAAGAUGUUCACAAAAAGCAAAACAUGGAAACCAAUCAUGGAUACUAUGGAUGGGCAGAACCUCAUCAGUAAUAGGCUUCCUGUUACAUGUUAUAGGCAUCCUGAUAAAAUUUAUAAUGUUUAUCAGAAAGACGAUAUAGCUAAGAAGGAAACUGUGGAUAAUUCCCAGUUGAUGUACUUUGUUCACAAUAAAAACAACUGGUGUAAGGUUAUCUGCAAUUCCUCCUUUCCCUGUGAAAUUGAAGCUCAUCGUUGCAAGAAACUGUGCACUCCACGACAUGAUGAUACAAAGUGUAAAACCCCGGUUAAAUUCACCUUUCUAGUUUGUCAACACACAACUUCAAAGCUUUGUUAUGUAAGUGAAGAAGAUAUGAAGUGUGAAACCAAGAUGUUGGUCAAGUUACCUGAUUGCGGACACGAAAGAGAUGUUGAGUGUCAUACUUGGUCCUUUAAAAAGAAUCUAAUCAUCUGUACUGAGAUUUGUUCUAAGUCCUACGACUGUCCAUUUCAGCAUAAAUGCUCGAAGGUUUGUGGAAGAUAUCAUCAGCAUUUUGAAGGGGAUUGCCCCGAACAAAUCGAGUUUAAAUUUCCCAAAUGCAACCACACUGCUCAUAUUAAAAAGGUGUGUGGCAAACCUGUGCCAGAUAUAAAAUGCAAGUUCCAGCUCAAAUACAAGAGCAUCCAGUGUGGUCAUGAACAGAUCCGAAAAUGCUCAGAAGAAGAGGAAUGUAAACUUACAUGCAACAAACUAAGACCUGAUUGUGGUCAUCCAUGUACAAACAUAUGCAGUAAACCUUGCCUUGAAGUAGACUGCAAAAUUUGCACAGAGCAGUAUCAAAAGUCUAUUGAUGCUGCCAAAAAACUUGCUGAGGAGCAGUUGAAAAUAUGCAAACUGAAUGAAGCUGAUCCAGACUUCUUUGAACUGUUGCCUCUUUCCUCUGAUGCAAUGGUAAGUUUAGCUGGUGUAAAAGAAAAAUGUGAUUUGUUCUUAAGUCUGUAUUCUACUUCGAAAGUUAAGGACAUAAUUGGUGUGUGGAAAAUGAAAUGUCCUCACAACACAUCCUCCUUUUGGGAAUAUGCUUCUAAAUCUAAUGGUAUAGUGAAAGAGGACUUGUACAAAUUGACUUCAGGUUUUCUCGACACUACCACCAUUCAAAGUAAGGAGGAUAUGUUUGCCCACCUGAUUGUACAGUCGUCAAUUAACUGUUUUGAGUUUGUGAAAUAUGCAGGGAGUAGAAUGGCAUCACUUCGGGGAAACGAAUAUACUUUGGUUGUUACAGAAGUGUUGCUAGGCGAUAGUGUAGAUAAUGAAAAGUUGACAAAAGAUAAGGUGAAAAGAUCUAGAGAUGCAGUGACUCGAUUCCUAAAAAAGGAGAAAAAAGAUUCAGUGAUAACAAAAAGCACAAAUGCACCAUCAAUUUACUCAGUGUACGAGAACAGUCAGAUACACUUGAAGUACAUUGUACAUUUUGUAACAGAAAAACUGGUUGCAAACAAAGAACUGAUUUUGCAGGAUGCUUUGAAAAAUCUACCAGAAGGUGAAACAGUAAUGAGCCUAUCUGGCAUUGACCUACGUGAUGUAAGUAAUCCAUUGAUAGAAAUGGUCCAAAAAGCAAUUUCAUUGUAUAGAGGGCAUUAUUCACUACGAGAUUCCUAUGCAAAAUCAAGGCAACCUCUCAAAGAAAUCAAAGAAGUUGGUUUAGUUGUAAAUCACCAGGCCAAUCAAGCAUACGAGAAAAAGCUUAAAGAAUUGAAAGAAAAGCGAAAAGGAGGACACAAACUCGUGGAAGUAUUUGCAUAUCAUGCCACUAAGCCUGAGAAUAUUGAUAGCAUCAUCAGAGCCAAUCUUGAUCCUGGGAGAGCUGGAAGUGCACAUGGAACAGCACACGGUAAUGGCUGCUACUUUUCAGAACAUCCCGAGUUUAGUUUCAAUUAUGGGCAAGCAACUAUGCUUAUCUUUAAACUCAUUCUCAUCGAAGGUCAGUAUAAGAAAGUACAGCCAGAUGGAAAGGGAUUUUGUCAGCAACUUGUGUUAAAUGAUGCAUCAUUGUUCAAACCCCAGUUUGUAUUGCGUUUUUAGUGAUUAGUGAUUUGAACAACAGUUUACACUUUACAACAUUGUUUCAUGUUUGGUACGUCCAGAAUUUCUGGAAAUUGAGGAAAUGAUUAAAUUAAAAUUGGUAUUAUUCCCAUCAAAACUGGUUGAGGCAUGGAUUUUUUCGUUUGCUUAAUUUCGUUUUUAAUCGGCCCAUUGGCAUUCAUUUAGAUAAAUUAUCUUGUUUAAAUAAUUUUUCAGUUUUUUUGAAAAGCUGUACAAAAUUUUAUUAUAUGUUGGUAUGACGAAUUAUUAUUAUAUGUUGGAAAUUUGUAUCAUGUAUUUAAUAUAUUCUGAUAACAAUCUAAAUCCUGAUUUUCUUAAAGAUCAUAUUAAAUAAUUAAAUUCAAGAUGAAUUCCAUUUAAAUUAUUAUAUUAGUAAUUAAUCAUCUUCAUGCUGUCAGCUGUAUUCAGAGAUAACUGUUUAAUAGUCUUGACUACUGAUAAGGAGAUGGCAUACCUAGUAAAUAUUCCCUCAUGAAAUUCUAGCUCUUUUUUUGGUUUGCUUGGUUUCCUUUUGAAGAAAACAUAAAAAACGACAUAUAUUCUUAUCGCCACUCACAGCAGUAGUCUUGAUCCAAAAUUUCAACUCUUUUGUAACCAAAAAUUAGCAGUAAAUAUGUGGUUUACUGUACCAAUGUCCAAUAUGAACAACUGCUGAUCAAUUUUAUCUACAAAUCGUGUUACCGUAACAAUUUUUACUUGAUUAGCAUGCAUUUUUUUA